AUGGGCGGUGCAUCUUCUGUACCAGGGACACUACCCAAGGCCCCGACGCAACCUCCUGUCUGGCACCCCCUCAGCCUAGAGGAGCAUCCUAUCGACCAGGCCCCUUCUCUCAAAGUAAUUGUGGUUGGCGCUGGGAUUGCUGGGAUCAACGCAGCCAUUCUGCUACCUGCAAAGGUCCCAGGACUCGAGCUGACCAUUUAUGAGCGGGAGGCAGACAUCGGCGGAGUGUGGCACCAGUGCACAUAUCCGGGAGUUCGCUGUGACGUCCCAUCGCACGUCUUUCAAUCCACAUAUGCACCAUCGAAGGACUGGUCUGAGCACUAUGCGCAAGGAGCGGAAAUCAAAGCCUACUGGAAGCAAGUGGCUGCAAAAUAUGACGCUUUGAGAUACAUACGCUGCAACCAUAGUGUCCAGGACAUCAAGUGGGAUGAAGCUAAGUCAAAAUGGCUCGUCACAGUGACAUCUGACAAACAACAGACAGUCGAUGAGGCUCACUUUGUAGUUUUGGCAACAGGCGUCUUCAGCCAUCCCACGCUCCCCAACUUGCCCGGGCUGUCCGGCUUUGAAGGCCAGGUUGUCCACAGCUCCAGGUGGAACAGCAAGUUUGACCCUGCAGGAAAGAACAUUGCCAUCAUUGGAAAUGGCUCCUCGGGGAUGCAACUCUUGCCGCAACUGCAAAGGGUGGCAGGCCGCAUCGAUCACUACGUCCGGAGCCCGACCUGGGUCGCAGGAAGCUUCGGCGGAGAAAAGAUUGACAAGGAGAAAAAGGUACCGCCCGAGGUGCAGGCUACCUUUGAUGAUCCUGAAGCGUAUUUGGUGUACCGAAAGGAGAUUGAGAAUCGUUCCUUUAGCGGGUACGGAAACAUCAUGAAAAACAGUGACAAGGUAGAAGCCGGCCGCCAGAGAUUUACUCAAAUUAUGAAGAGUCGCCUGGGAGAUCGCACAGAUAUUCUCGAAGCAAUCACGCCCGAAUUUCCACCCAGCUGUAGGAGACUGACACCCGGGCCUGGAUAUCUCGAGGCAUUGACCCAGGGGAAUGUGGAAUACAUCACUUCACCUAUCCAAGCUGUCACAAAGCACGGGAUCGAGACGCAAGAUGGGAAAGAGAGGCGCGUGGACACUAUCAUCUGCUGUACAGGUUCAGAGAAAUCACUGUCACCUCCGUUCCCCGUGAGAAGCGGGAGUGUCGACCUCUCAACGGCAUGGCGGCCGGGUGGCGAGAUCGGGUUUCCCAACACCUACAUGGGCAUUGCUGCUCCGGGCUUCCCCAAUCUCUUAUUCAUCAACGGUCCCCAGGCCAGUGCAGCUACGGGGACGCUUCCGUUUGCAACAGAAAGUCAAUUAACCUUGGCGGCCAAGAUUCUACGAAAGGCUCAGUCACAGGGAAUCCGGAGCAUGGCCCCGACGCUCCAGGCGACAGAAGAUUUCAGAGCCUUCUGUGAGGCCUACUUCCCACGCACUGUCUUGAGUGAGGGGUGCCGGUCGUGGUUCAACGGUGGUCAGAAGGGUGGCAGGGUCAUAGCCAAUUGGCCGGGCAGCGGAACGCACGCAAACAUGGUGAGGAAGGAACCACGCUGGGAGGACUGGGAGUAUUCAUACCAGUCUGAGACUGGGAACAGGUUUGCAUACUUCGGAAACGGGUGGACUGUCAAGGAUGUUGAAAUCAACCGGGAUCCGCCGGACGGACGAGAUAGAACUCAGGAGGUUGACAUGACGCCUUACUUGACUGCGGCGUCGGUGAUUGGUGAUUUAGAUCUAAGAGCGUACCACGAAGUCUGGUUCGAGGUAUAA